UGUAAGAGCAGAUGGCACAAAAAGUUUUUUUUUUCUUUUUUUGUCAUAGGAACGAACAUCCCCCCGCCUGAGAAUCUGGAAGUGAACAUAUCAGACGGGGAGGUGACAGUUUUUUGGGAAAARCCUGUGAACGCCCCCUCUGAUUUUGUGUAUAAUGUAGAAAUGUCAAAAUACAUUGAUUUAUGGGCGGAGGUUACCAGCUGCAGUAAAAGCACAAAGACCUAUUGCCACCUGACCAGCUUUAUUCAAGACUACAGCACCGCCUACAAGGUCAGAGUUCAGCUAGUGAAAGGAGAAAACAGCUCCAUUUGGAUACAUAAAAGAUUUUAUCCAAAUCAAAGUAAAUUGCUUCCUCCCUCCUUCUCUUUGUGGGCAACGUCCAGCACUUUGACAGUUCAUGUGCAAGAGAAACCCAUUCUGAAAACACUUUUCCCAUUUGGAGUCACUUACACCAUGUACAUUGAAGAAAUAGGACAAGAAAAUAAGACGACAAAAAUUUACCUGAAAGAUGAUGGCCAGGUGGAUCAGAGGACAAAAACUCUCACUGGUCUCCAAUGGGGAAGAGAGUACUGCGUCAGCAUCAAAGUAGAAMCUAAUGGAGGUCUUUCUGCGAGUCAUGUGUCUGACCAACAGUGUCUGCUCCUCCCAGAGCAAGAGUUCUAUAUAAUUGCUGUAUCAUCUUUAUCUCUUCUGGGACUCGUGACUGUCGUUGUCUUUAUGGCAAGCAUUAUCUUGUGUUAUCUAAGACGCCCUGCGAAAAAACCCACAGCACUGAAAUCUCUUGUGAGCGGCUGGCAUCCACUUUCUGUGCCAGAAGAAAUCAUGGAGGCGGUCACAGACAAGGGAUGGUUUCUUUCCAGCUACAGGACAGAGGUGGACAACACUCUGAAACUCCCCGCGAGAAACGAUACGGAAUUGGAGGACAGCAAGGAGGAAAGCAGGAAGACCAGCUUUGACAGUGGGCUCAGCAUAGAGGUAGACUCCGCUACAGAAAGUGAAGAAAAGCCCCCAGCCAGACAUGAAGACAGCGGUUGUGGGAGCAUGGGGGGAUCAGAGAGCUCCUCUGACAGCCAGAUAAAUUACCCCCCGCAGGAGGACAUGAUGGAAACAGAUGAAGGAAGGAAGCGAGAAGACAGCGGGAUGGGCAUGAGCUGCCAUCUUGAUUCUUCGUCUUUGAACCUGGAAGGUCAGGACAGCGAGCCUCUUAUGAAAACUGUCAGUGUGGGAAAUUAUCGCAGGCAGAGCCCCUCCGAGGUGCAAAUCCAGGUCGGCGACAGCGAGGACAUUCCUGCUCGCUCCAUUUUAGCCGAAAUGUUGAGUGGRUACAGAGCUGUGCCUCAGUCCUGUAUCUGUUCAGGAGCCGGCCAGUGCAGCUGGUGCCACAAAUACACCCCUUUUGGGAGUGAAGUCCCAAAACAYUACAGAGCUGUGUGCUUUGAAAACAGACUGAUGGCCAGCAGAAGUGACUUGACAAACUCUUUUGGAAGCAAAGAUGCAUUUUUACCUUAUGAUAGUAAAACACACGUGGACACUGUCAAUAUAAAUGAUUUAGAGAGGUUUCCGCUGCUGACAUCUCUGCCUUUAAAUAAGUGCGAACAUGACUUUAAUAUGAACGUCUCCCUCUCGCUCUGUGACGUAGAGCUGAUAGCUGACUAAUGCGUUGAGGAAUGCAACAACACUAUUUUUAAAACCUCACUGACACAACUGGUCCUAAACGUCACACUCAGUGUUUCUGAAAAUACUCAGAAAUCUAAAGAAAAGAAGGAAAACAAUGUAACUGCGAGAAGAAAGCUGAACAUUGUAAGAAAAUACUUUAGACUUUAUUAAAACCAGAUCAGUUSGUAAAUUUUUACAGAUGACCUAAAAUGACUACACAGGCAGUGAAACUGACAUAUCGAGAAUUGAGAGUAAAUGGUUUGUUGCUUUUGAAGCUCAUUUGAACAUGUCAUAACUUCACCAGUUUAUCUGAUUUACCUCCCACUCACACUUAGUUUUUUUUUUUAGAUAUUUUUACUGAAACCUAAAUUUUAAAGUAGGGCAAAAUAACAGUAUUUAUAAUGGAAUCCUCAUUUACUAUGUUUUACUGAUUUUACAAACUCAAAAGGGCAUAACACAUGUUUUUCUUUCUUUUUUUUUAAUCUGGCUCAGCAAGUACAGUACAUUUUUAGAGCCAUGUAAAUACUAUUUAAGAUGUUAAUAAAGAAGACUAUUUAUUUAUUUUGUACCUCAAAUAUCGUAUGUACUUUUUGCUCUUGCAUAUGAUUAAACACUGUUACAAUAAACCGUUUUGUGAAAUUCCCUCAAAUUUACACGAACUCAUACACCUACAAAAAAAGAACUAUGAGUAAACAAUUCACAGCUAUUCAAGAAAGCAUUACUAAAUCAAGACCCCCC